AUGGGAACAGGAAUGUUUACGCUGAUACAGGAAGCCACGAUUGUUCCGGUGGAGAUGUGGGAGAAGAUUUGGCAGGAGCACCGUUGCUCAGAGAAGGGCAACAGGCCAGAAGCCCCCAUGUUCCCUCUGGCUGACCCCCCAGCUGUUAAAGAGUUGCUAAAAGCAGAGAUUCAGUUGUUGCUGCUCACACUGAGAGAGAAAGCUGCCAGGCAGGGCAGGGAUGAAGAGGAGGUCAUGGCCCAGUACAAUCCUAGUGUGGUGAGUGAUUCACUGGGCAGCAGUAGCACACAGAGACGGGGGAGUCCAGGCAGCUGGUGUGAAAUGAAAUCACCCUCCAGACCCCCAUCAAGUCUUAGUGAGAUUGGUGGCAGGUCCGUCUACAGCCUCUCGUCUCACUCCAGCUGUGAAGAAGAAAUCAAGGCGUUAAGACAUAAGUUAAACAUCACCCAUAUAGAUGAGGUUGUGACCCAUCUCAGUAUGGCUUUUUUGAUCAUAACCGAAGAAUCUGAAUCACUGAAAAGAGACAUGCAGGUCCUGCAGGUAAGGACUCAUUUUGCCAAUAAACGUUGGAAGAGAGCAAGAGCUCAGACAGAAUCUUUAUCUCCUGAACCCACCAUAGCAGAGCUCAAAGAGGAACAGAGACUCAUUCAGAGGGAUCUGAAUGACCAGAGUUUGAUAAGCUGCUCCCACAACACAAAUAAUCAGAGCGCCAGAAACCCAAAAAUCCAUGCAAGGGAGACCCACAAACCUGCUCUUUCUGCAAAUGGACUGAAAUCUCUGGAAGGACCGAAACCAUCAAACUCAACAGUCCCCCAUUUUAAACCAUGUCCACCUCGAGACCCAAACCACAUCAGGAGCAAUCUGCCACUAAUGAGCUACUCAAUUGCUGAAUUCACGAUCCCUAUUUCUGCUUUGGAACAUGGGGACAAAGAGCGCAAGUACAGGGAAAAUUCACUAAGAGCUUCAGACUUCAGAAUGGUUCCAGCGGCCUCUGUCAAAGCAUCUGGAUCUGUAAAAGACUUCUUCCUAAAGAUGGAAGUGACUCAAAACAGUGACCUAGACUGUCUCCAGCCCGGUCCUCCUGCAGUGCAGAGAACAGCCAGCAGGGGGCAGAGGGGGAGCAGACACCGGUGUCUUCCUCAGCCUGAUGGCCUGCUCAGUUUUCUGUGAGAAUCGCUGCAUGCUGCU